AUGGAGGAUAUUCGCCAGGCCGCUCGCAAUGAUUCGAUCGAUGUGGGUGCGAGUCUAUCGACUCCGCAAAAGGAAGAAAAUUUACACGAGUACAUCUAUCCGGUCGAGUUUUAUCAAUGGCUAACCAUGCUGCCAGUGGAAGCGCCUUUGGAAACAUACUACUUUUAUACAAAAAUUUUCGGUCCAGCUGUUAUAGUUAGUCUAUUUGCUAUCGUUUGGUGUUUGUGCGUCAUUGACGCCAUUCAUGUCAACUUGGCAUGCGGCGGAAAUUUAGACGGCAAGCGUCGAUUACUACUCUUACUUAUAAAUCCCUGGCAUUUUGAUUUACUGCGUGGUAUUGUCUGCCAGUCCUCUGCCGUUCGUUUUAAUUAUGGCACUCGGCGUAUUAUUUUUAUACUGAUCUUCGCUUUGGGUGGUACAUUGAAUAGCUUCUUUUCCACAAAAUUAGUGAAUUGGUUGACAGUUCCCCCGCGUGAGACACCUAUUGAAGAAUUUAGUGAAGUUGGUGAACGCAAUCUACAGAUACAAGUCUCUCAACCAGAUAUAGCUGAAAUUAAAUUUUACAAAGGCGUGGAAUUUUGGAGAAAACAUAGCCAGAUAUUCGAGAUAGUACCGACUUUUGAUGAAUAUCAAAAAAAUAUACGCAAAUUGGACAACCGUUAUGGUUAUAUAAUGAGUUCAUUGAUGUGGCCAACAAUUGAGGAGCGUCAAAAGUAUUUCCAAUAUCCGUUAUUUCGCUUAUCGGAAAAAUUGUACUACACAAAAGGCGCCCUCCUUAGCUUGCCCAUCAGUGAGAAUUCCAUGUACAAAGACCUAUUGAGUGAUUUUUGUUUGCGUGCACGUGAAAAUGGUUUACUUGUACAUUGGUAUAAAGAGACUUUCUUUACGAUGGUCAGAUUGGGGCGUUUCAGUCUUAAGGAUCCCAGUAGCAGGCACAGGCACCAAGUGCUUACACUGAAGGAGUUCGAAUGGGUGUGGAUCGCUUAUGGUGUCGGCAUUUGUUUGAGUAGUGUGGCUCUUUUGUUGGAAAGACCUUGGCAAUUAAAUUAA